AUAUUACUAAUAAUCUAAUGUAAUUGUUGCUGUUUCAGCUUACAACAGUAAAAUAGUAAAAUUAGCAAAACUUAUUUAACCAAAAUGGAGUUGAAUGUAUGGAUUUGUAUUUUAGCUAUUUUUUGUGCUCACGUGAUCGCCCAAGAUUCAUUCAUCGAAGCAAAUUUGGAUGUUUCGCCAUUCGAUUUUGAAGUGGACAUUUGCGGGGAAUCAUUUAUGACAGCCCCAUCGGGACGUUUCACUAGUCCGUUGUUCCCUGCUAAUUAUCCAGCAGAUAUGCUAUGUGAAUGGGUAAUUGAGGUUGAAGCUGGUAACAUAGUCGAAAUCAAAUUUGACAAUUUUCAAGUUGGAGAGCCUGGCGGAGAAAUGACCGAUUACAUUAUGAUUUUUGAAGAAGACAUCGACGGAGAUGGUGAAUAUUUCUUUGGAUCAAAUACAGGAGCAACCAUGAAAUAUCGAUCAAAAACAAAUUUUGUCAUAGUUCAAUUCCUAAGCGACGAAUUCAAUAAUUUCAAAGGAUUCAAUGCUACUUAUAAUAGCUGGAAUGCUGUAAACUUCUGUGAUAGGAACAUGCUUGGGCCACAAGCUGACCUUGAAAAAACAAAAUGUCGAGACGGAAUCAAUAAUGACUUUUACAAAAGAUGUUAUGUUGCAUGCCAGCCAAACUACGUAUUGGAAAAAAGUUCGCGAGUCGAUUGUCAGAACGGGAAAUUUAUGCCAGAGAAAUCAUGCCAACUUGUUGCGUGGGAAGCUCAACUCUGCGAAAUCACCAAUUUUGCUUAUUGCAUAUACAACGCCGGUGAACUAGCUGAUUUCUGGUUGGGCAAAGAAUCAAGAUAUUUGGGAAAUGUCGAAACAGAAUCCGAAGAUUUUGAUUUGGAUAUAUUCCCAGAUCCAGCUGCGACAGAACUACAAUCCGGAAGGAGUACGCCAGGAGAUGAGUCCACUACCGCGGGCGGAGUAGCAGCAGUAUGUUUCGACAAGUUGAUAGGUUUUGAAUAUUGCAAGAAGAAAAAGAAUUCUGACAAUUACGCUUUUAACUGCAAAGCAUUUCUUAAAGUCAAAAAGCUGAAGAAGGACGUCCGUCAAAGAAAAAUGGAAACAUGUUUCCGUUGCCGUACUGAUGACUGCAAGAAUAAGGUUGUCGUUGAUCAGUAUAUAUAGACAAUCGAUGUGGUUCUUACGCAGGCAUAUCUUUGUGACGCCAAACACGAACUUGCUCAAAACUCGUAUUCAGAAUCACAGUUUGAAGUCAGGGAAAUGUAUAUAUAAGUGUAAUAAAAAUUGUAUUUUAUGUCUGGUUUCGUUUAAUUGUUGCAAGCUUGAGGUAGAUGACUGUGAAAUGUAGCAGUUGGACUUUAAAUGUCAUUCAAUACACUUUAUCAUGUACAUUAUUGAUCUUUCAAUCCUUUGUGAAUCAUUUCCGGGUUUUAAAAACUUUUGAUUUCAUAUAUAAAUUAAAUGAGUAAAAGUUGUUAAUGUU